CGUCUGCAACCGUAUCGCUCGCUCCUCAAAAUCAUAACUUGGUCGUUUUUGAAGGUCAGUCAAGCCCUAACCCUAGCUCUUGAACCUCACUAAGCCUUUGGAAUUCAGAAUCAGAGACUAUGAUUAGCGUCCAAGAGUUAAGCUCAAUCGUUAUUAAUGUCUGAAUGUAAUCUCCGAGAAGAUUGCAAUAAAAAGGGUACUAAAAAAACAAGCGCGUAGAUGCAAAGGAUUCACGCGAUUAAGUCGUUUCAGGCUGAAUCACGCCGCAGAGUCCGCCUCAUUUGCGGUAGCUGUCGGUGCUGUGUGUCUCUCCUCAGCUGUUGGGAAUGCUGUGAGUGGAGAUUCUGUUGAGUUUUCUUGCUGAGGAACUCGGAGUUCGCAGAAUAGUUUUGAUUCUGGCAGCGGUGAGAUCGGUGAAAUGGUGAUGGUAGCUAAGGAAGGAGAAAGUUUGAGUGGUGAUGAUCAGGAGCAGCAGAAUGGAGUGAAGUCUCCGUGGAAGAAACCGGCUGAUGUGAAGGGAGCUGAGGCUCCUGUUAUGGGAGCUAAAUCUUGGCCAGCUCUUGCCGAAGCUCGGCCAAAGAAUGCGGAUGCUUCUCCAAAGCCGCCCGAGCUGGCUUCUGCUGCUGCUCAGACUGCGGAUGUUGUCCCCCCUCCACCUCCACCUCAACAACCUGCGCAGGGAUCAGUUAGGCCACCAAAAUCAGAGGGCUCAGUAAACACUAAUCCUUCCAAUAAGCAUCUACCAGUGCACCAUAAAAAAGCAGGAUCUAAGCGUAAUGUUCCUCCAAAUGGUGUACCCCCAUUUCCUGUUCCCUUACCUUAUCACCAACCAUCAAUGCCACCUGUUUUUCAUACUGUUCUACCUGCACCGCAUAUCCCUGUUCAUGAGUAUGCUUACCCUCCUUGUCCUGGACCGUUUCCAAGUAUAGAACCCCAUAUCAUAAAAUCUGGAUGUGAACCCCCCAUGCAACCUUUUGUUCCAUCUGGUCCUGGUGGUGCUGUUGAUGCUAAUAGAAGUUUUCAUCCUCCACCACGAGGAGAUCCGAGUGCAUAUGCUGGAAAUUAUGGUAAUAGACGAAAAAAUAUGCAAGAACCUGGUGGCCAUUUGAAUCACACAUGGCGUCAUCAACGGGCAUUUAGUCCUAGAGACAAUAUUAAUAUGCAACCAACUAUUGGACCAAGGGCUUUUAUAAGGCCACCACCUCCAUUUUUUCCAGCUCCUGGGUUCAUAAAUGUACCUGGUUUUCCUGCUACUCCUAUGUACUACCUUCCUGCUGCACCACCAGAUUCAAUUAGGGGUUCCUCACCUUGUUUUAUUGCACAUCCCCCACAUCCUGGGUUUCCCAUUCCAGCACCUGAGGCACUUGCUCUGAGGACUAACAUAGUAAAACAAAUUGAGUAUUAUUUCAGUGAUGUAAAUUUGCAGAAGGACGCCUACUUACUGUCCUUAAUGGAUGACCAAGGAUGGGUUUCAAUAUCCAAAAUUUCUGACUUCAAUAGGGUUAAGAAAAUGACUUCGAAUAUACCUUUUAUUCUGGAUGCAUUGCGGAGCUCAAGUAGCAUAGAGGUGCAGGGAGACAAGAUACGAAAACGUGAUGACUGGUCAAAGUGGCUUUGUAGAAAUACACAAUCUUCAAAACCUCGGGCACAUGGUGAAGUUGAUGAGAAAGCUACUACUGUUUCGUUAAAGAAUAGUAAGUUAAAUGAAGGUAAUAAUUAUGGCGAUAAACAUUGUAUUUUUGAAGAGACCCUGGAAUUUCCACCAAGUGAUGAAAACUUGAGGCAACACUCACUUUCAAAGAAAGAUACUCCAAAAGAGGAGAGUUUUCUGGAAUGUGACACUGAGAAGGUGCUGUCAUCUGGUGAAGCACGGGAAUUGGUUGGAGAAACUAGGGAUUCAAAUAGAGUAUUUACUUGCGAGUCAACUUCAGAGAACACAUUUUCUGAGACUGGCACUAGUCAUAGCUGUAUGUCAGACAAGGAUUUGGCUAAUUGCAUCUCAGAUAUCAAGAAUGUCAGCACUGAUUGUUGUGUUUGCUCUGAAUAUUUUCAAGGACGUGCAGGCUCUCCCAUCUUUGCUGAUCAUGAACACCAAAGCAUGGAGGUGCUAUCAGAUUUGAGUACACAGAAUCUGAGUGGCCUGUCAAAUGAUUCUGCUAGUGAUCCUUCUGGAUAUGCUGGGGAACAGGGUACUUUCAUGCUUGACGAGGAACUGGAAUUGGAGCAGGCAGCUAUCAGGAAAGAUAACCUUUUAUCGAGUAGAAGAUUUGAUGAUGAUGAAGUCGAGAUGGAUGUUAAUGAUCAGGAUGUUCAGAGACUUAUAAUUGUCACCCAGAAUAUUAGGCUAAGUGGAGAUGACAAAAUUGGACAAAGAGAAUCAAAAUCAAUUUCAAAUGAGCUUGCUUCUGCAAUCAAUGACGGUCUUUACUUUUAUGAGCAGGAGUUGAGAGCUAAACGAUCUAACAAUCAAAAGAACAAUUCUGGGCUAGAGCAUAAAGAUGGAGAUUCCAGAACUACCAGCACUGCACCUGGCUUACAAAACUCAAAGGUCAGUGUGAACACUACUGAAAAUAAUGGCUUCGAAGAGCCUGGGCCUGCUAAUUCCCGAAGGAGACAAAAUAAGGGCGUUAAUAAGCAUCAAUCAUCCCAUAAACAACGCUUAUUUCCAAGCAAUUUUAGGAACCAUGGGAAUGCUCGUAACUGUCAUAGCCUCAUAUCAGAAAGUCCACCAAGCAGUUCAGUUGGGUUUUUCUUUGGGUCAACGCCACCAGAAAGCCAAAGCACUCUGUCUUCAAAACUAAGUGGUUCACCUCAAGGGAUCCUUUCCAGUAGUAUUCCACCAGUGGGUUCUAUGCCAAAGCCCUUUCCACCAUUUCAGCAUCCAAGUCAUCACCUUUUGGAAGAAAAUGGUUUCAGACAGCAGAAGUACCUGAAAUUCUACAGACGUUGCUUAAGUGAAAGGAAAAGAUUGGGAAUUGGUUGCAGUGAGGAAAUGAAUACAUUGUACCGAUUCUGGUCAUUUUUCCUCAGAGACAUGUUUUCCCCUUCUAUGUACAAUGAGUUUCAGAAACUUGCCUUGGAAGAUGCAGCUGCUAAGUAUAAUUAUGGAUUAGAAUGCCUUUUCAGGUUUUACAGUUAUGGUUUAGAGAAGCAAUUUAGAGACGACCUGUACAAGGAUUUUGAACAGCUCACCCUCGAAUUCUACAAUAAAGGAAAUCUUUAUGGCCUUGAAAAAUGUUGGGCCUUCCACCACUAUCGUGAAGUACGGGACCAAAAAACACCUUUAAAGAAGCAUCCAGAAUUGGAUAGGUUGCUGAGGGAAGGAUAUCGUAGCAUAGAUGACUUUCGUGCAAAGGAGAGAGCAGUAAGAGAAGCUAGUAACAGUAAUAGUAGCAGUCCUGCUGAUAGAGACAAGGAGUCCCCAUUUAUUGGGCAACGUAAAUACAGGUCCAAAUUGGCAAGAGAACUGGAGUUGGCUGCACAUUGAGCAAUAUCUGUAUAAGAGUUGAGGAUUGAGAUGGUUCCACCUCUUUGGUGAGUGAACCGCGAGUUAAUUUUUGUUAGUUUUUUUUGGCCGUUGACGCAUUUUUGUGCAAAUUUUGAAGCCCUCUGCGAGCUUAGUGAGAUGGUGGAUCAGAUUAUUCUCCUGCUGUACAUAAUGAAAAAUAAAAAAAGAAAAAGAAAAAGAGACAAUAA